AUGAUUCAAAAAAUGAGCCCAAGCCUGAGGAGGCCAUCGACAAGGUCUAGCUCUGGUUCAAGCAACAUCCCACAAUCGCCCUCUGUACGAUCAACUUCAUCGUUUUCUAAUUUGACAAGAAACUCAAUGCGGAGCGUCUCUAAUUCAGGUUCUCAGUCAGUUUCUGCAUCUACCACAAGAAGUAACUCUCCACUAAGGUCCGUAUCUGCCAAGUCCGAUCCCUUUCUUCACCCAGGUAGGAUAAGGGUCAGGAGAAGUGAUAGUAUCAACAACAGCUCGAGGAAAAAUGACACAUAUACAGGGUCAAUCACUGUGACUAUCCGGCCGAAGCCACGGAGUAUUGGGCCAUCUCAUGACAAUGUGGGGCUAAAAUCACCCAGAUACUCUCAACCAAGAUCCAAUUCACAGCACGGAAGUAAUACAUUUGUUAGAGACCCUUGGUUUAUUACUAAUGACAAAACAAUAGUGCAUGAAGAAAUUGGAGAGUUUAAGUUUGAUCAUGUUUUUGCUUCUCAUUGCACCAAUUUGGAAGUUUAUGAAAGAACCAGCAAACCGAUGAUCGAUAAAUUAUUGAUGGGGUUUAAUGCCACCAUUUUUGCAUACGGUAUGACCGGUUCAGGUAAAACGUUUACAAUGAGUGGCAAUGAACAAGAGCUAGGCUUAAUUCCUUUAUCCGUGUCGUACUUAUUCACUAAUAUCAUGGAGCAAUCAAUGAAUGGUGAUAAAAAAUUCGACGUUAUAAUAUCGUACCUCGAAAUUUACAAUGAAAGAAUUUACGAUCUGUUAGAAACCGGAUUAGAGGAAUCAGGGAGUAGGCUCGGUACUCCUUCAAGGUUAUAUAUGGGCAAGAGCAACAAUAAUGGAUUGGGCAUAGAAUUGAAAAUCAGGGAUGACUCUCAGUAUGGGGUCAAAGUCAUCGGUCUCACUGAAAGGAGAUGUAAAAGCAGUGAAGAAUUAUUGAGAUGGAUUUCAAUUGGUGACAAAAGCAGGAAAAUUGGCGAAACGGAUUACAAUGCGAGAAGUUCGCGAUCACAUGCCAUUGUAUUGAUUCGUUUAACAAGUACGGAUGUAAAGAACGGUACAUCAAGAUCAAGUACAUUAUCCUUGUGUGACUUAGCAGGCUCAGAAAGGGCUACGGGGCAACAAGAGAGGAGAAAGGAAGGUUCCUUCAUCAACAAAUCCUUACUUGCUUUAGGGACUGUAAUAUCCAAACUUAGUGCCGAUAAGAUGAACUUAAUGGGCUCAAACAUCCCCGCGACACCUGGAAGCGGCAGUAGCAGUAGUAGUGGAAGUACUGCGAACAAUAGCAGUGCUCCGAGCAAUCACAUUCCAUAUCGAGAUUCUAAAUUGACGAGAUUAUUGCAACCGGCGCUAAGCGGGGAUAGCAUAGUGACAACCAUAUGUACAGUCGAUACCAGAAAUGACGCGGCAGCGGAAACUAUGAAUACACUGAGGUUUGCAUCAAGAGCGAAAAACGUUGCACUUCAUGUAUCCAAAAAAUCCAUCAUUAACAAUGGGAAUAUCGAUGGCGAUAAAGACCGCACUAUCGAGCUACUAAGACGCCAAUUGGAAGACCAACGCAGAAUGAUCUCUGAAUUGAAAAAUCGUUCAAAUCUUGGUGAGCCCUUAACUAAAUCCUUCAAUGAAAGUAAUUAUAAAGACACUACAGCCAUCGGCAAUGGUGGUGAUCCGAAUUUGGCUCUAAUGAAAGCGGAGAAUCGAAUAUUAAAAUAUAAACUGGAGAACUGCGAAAAACUACUGGAUAAAGAUGUGGUCGAUUUACAAGAUUCUGAGGUCAUGGAAAUUGUAGAAAUGCUACCUUUUGAGGUCGGCACCCUUUUGGAAACAAAGUUUCAAGGUCUCGAAUCACAAAUAAGGCAGUAUAGGAAAUACACUCAAAAACUUGAAGACAAGAUCAUGGCGCUGGAAAAAAGCGGUCAUACGGCAGCGCCGCUAACUGGGUGUGAUGGUAAUGAAGUGAUGGAAUUACAGAAGAUGCUUGAGAGGAAGGAUAAAAUGAUUGAGGCCCUACAGAGUGCCAAACGACUGCGGGAUAGGGCUUUGAAACCACUCGUUAAUGCACAGCAGUCACCGCACCCUAUCGUUGAUAGCGAUAAAUUAAAUUAG